CCCGCCUAAAAAGGGUUGGGUCCUGCAUUGCUCUCUAUCUCUCUUACUUUCACACACUGUCAGUGAGCAAUUCCACCGGUGCUCUUUUGCCUUUAUUCUCUCUCAUUUCACUGUUUCUCAACCUGUUUUCUUGGUUGUUCGUAGCCUUUGAUUAACCAAAGUAUAACCAAUUUCAGGUGAAAAAGGUUUAGGUGUUGUCCGUUCGGAUCUAGGAGUUGGUCGCAGGAAAUUGGUGAAGAAAUGUGGUUACAACGUCGUAAUUUGAGUCCAACGCUUUCCUCGUUGUUUGGGCUGUUCUGUAACUUUGAUUUGAAGCUCAGAAUGAUCUUUUAUGGCUACUUGGGAGCUCAGCAUGCCCAGAUUAGAAUGAUACUCUAGUCGAUCCAGGACCUAAUCGCAAUGUCACAAGGAAAACUGAGAGAACUGCACCUCAUGAAACUCUGCUCUACCUGUCAACUGCUUCCUUCCCUCUUCAUCAUAGUUACUCUUCUGCCUCUGGCUCUUGGUGAUUUGAACUCAGAUAAACAAGCCCUUCUUGCCUUUGCUGCUGCUGUUCCACAUGGUCGUAAGCUCAACUGGAAUCCUGCUACCCCUGUCUGCACAUCUUGGGUAGGCAUCAAAUGCACUCAGGAUAGUACCCGCGUGGUUAAUCUUCGACUUCCUGGCGUUGGACUUACUGGCACCAUCCCUGCAAACACACUAGGAAAGUUGGAUGCCCUAAGGGUUCUCAGCCUUCGAUCAAAUCUUCUCAGUGGAAAUCUUCCUUCUGAUAUCUCUGCUCUUCCUUCCCUCCAUUAUCUCUUUCUCCAACACAAUAAUUUAUCUGGGGAUAUUCCUGCCUCGCUUUCCCCUCAACUAAACGUACUGGAUCUCUCAUAUAAUUCCUUAACUGGCGACAUUCCACCAACAAUACAGAAUUUGACUGAACUCACUGGAUUGAGCCUCCAGAGCAACUCCUUGUCAGGGCCCAUUCCCAAUGGCACCUUCCCAAGGCUCAAGCAUUUAAAUUUGAGCUACAACAGUCUGAAUGGCUCCAUCCCAUCUUCACUGCAAAAAUUUCCCAACUCUUCAUUUGUAGGUAACUCUUUCUUGUGUGGACUACCUCUAGAUCCUUGUUUCCCCAUACUCGUUCCACCUUCUCCUUCCCCUUCAUAUUUUCCACCCCCAUCAGUAGGCCCUAAAAAACAAAGCUCCAAAAAGAAACUCACAUUAGGGGCUAUUAUUGCCAUCGCUGUUGGAGGGGCUGCUGUGCUGUUUCUUGUCGCCCUAUUCAUAUUCUUGUGCUGCUUAAAGAAAAAGGAGGCUGAUGGUGUGGUGAAAGGGAAGUCUUCUAGGGGUGGAAGAAGUGAGAAGCCCAGGGAGGAGUUUGGUAGUGGGGUACAAGAGCCCGAGAAAAACAAGCUGGUUUUCUUUGAAGGCUGUUCUUAUAAUUUUGAUCUUGAGGAUUUACUGCGGGCUUCAGCUGAAGUGCUGGGGAAGGGAAGUUAUGGGACUGCAUAUAAGGCUGUCUUGGAGGAGGCAACAACGGUGGUAGUAAAAAGGCUGAAAGAAGUUGUGGUGGGGAAGAAGGACUUUGAACAGCAGAUGGACAUCAUAGGGAGGGUUGGUCAGCACCCAAAUGUUGUUCCUCUCCGUGCUUAUUAUUACUCUAAGGAUGAGAAGCUCCUGGUCUAUGAUUAUAUUCCAGGGGGCAGUUUGUCUAUGCUCUUGCACGGAAGUAGGGACGCUGGAAGAACCCCAUUAGAUUGGGUCUCCAGAGUUAAGAUUUCCCUCGGAGCUGCGAGGGGCAUUGCUCAUGUACAUGCUGCUGGUGGUGCAAAAUUUACUCAUGGCAAUAUUAAGUCCUCAAAUGUCCUCCUCAACCAAGAUCUAGAUGGUUGUAUCUCUGAUAUCGGCUUAGCCCCUGUUAUGAACUUCCCUGCCACUCCAUCUCGGCGUCUAGGGUACCAUGCUCCUGAGGUGAUUGAAACCCGAAAGCACACUCAUAAAUCAGACGUAUACAGCUUCGGUGUCCUCCUACUUGAGAUGCUGACUGGAAAACAACCAAUGCAAUCACCAGGACGCGAUGACAUGGUUGAUCUCCCAAGGUGGGUUCAGUCAGUUGUCAGGGAAGAAUGGACGGCUGAAGUUUUUGAUGUCGAGUUGAUGAGAUUUCAAAACAUUGAAGAAGAGAUGGUACAAAUGCUGCAAAUUGCCAUGGCAUGUGUUGCAAGGGUGCCAGACAUGCGGCCCAACAUGGAUGAAGUUGUUAGAAUGAUCGAAGAAGUCCGACAAUUUGACUCAGAAAAUCGGCCAUCUUCUGAAGAGAACAAAUCCAAGGACUCAAAUGUGCAGACCCCAUGAUUUUUUUCUGGGAACUCAGAUUUUUUUUUAAUUUCAAGUUUUCCAGCGGUAUGCUCUCAAAAAUUCAUCUGAUUCAAGACCCAAUUGAAUGCCUCCAUACAUGGUAGGGUUUUGCCAGGUCUAAUUCAAACCUUACCUGCAUUUAUGGAUUCUAAGAGUGAAUUUGUCCGUUGUUUCAUUUUUCAUAGGUUGUGGUAGGAUCAACUUCUACUCUGUUUUAGAAAAUUCUUCUUUCUAUGAUUUGUUGUAAUUUGUAAACAUUUAGUCCCAUAAACCAAUGUGAGUUGAUUCUUUCCAUUCCUUCAGUAAUUUUCGCAUUGUUCCUAUACAAAUAUUAUGUGCAG